ACGUCACCGCGCUCGAGUAGGAGUCGAAUCUUCUGCGGAACCGUUUGCUUUCAUUUUAGCACGAGCCCGUCUCGCGCCGUUUCCUUCUUUGCUUCAAACCAAAACAAACUUCGUCCGGUUAAUUUCUCGCAUCACUGAGGGAUUAUUCGGUGUUUUCUGUGGAAAGGCGGCGAAUAAGGUCAAAGAAAAGAUGAGUGUGGAGGCGUACGGGCCGAGCUCGCAAACGCUCACCUUCCUGGACACGGAGGAAGCGGAGUUGCUCGGGGCCGACACGCAGGGCUCCGAGUUCGAGUUUACCGACUUCACGCUGCCCAGUCAGACACAGACGCAGGGCCAGACCCAAAGCCAACUGGACAAUCAGGUGAACGGGCCUGAUGGAGUUCUGCCCAAUGGAGAGGAUGCAGUGGUGAAGACCAGUCAACUUUUGGCCGAGCUGAACUUUGAAGAGGAUGAGGAAGAUACCUACUACACUAAAGACCUGCCAGUGCACGCCUGCAGCUACUGUGGCAUUCAUGAUCCAGCAUGUGUGGUCUAUUGCAACACCAGCAAGAAAUGGUUCUGCAAUGGCCGUGGAAACACCUCUGGCAGUCAUAUUGUGAACCACUUGGUGAGGGCCAAAUGUAAGGAGGUGACCCUGCACAAAGACGGCCCACUUGGCGAGACCAUUCUGGAAUGCUAUAACUGCGGCUGCCGUAACGUCUUCCUCCUCGGCUUCAUCCCGGCUAAAGCCGAUUCUGUGGUGGUGCUUCUGUGCAGGCAGCCGUGUGCGAGUCAGAGCAGUCUGAAGGACAUUAAUUGGGACAGCUCUCAGUGGCAGCCCCUCAUUCAGGACCGCUGUUUCCUGUCCUGGCUGGUGAAGAUCCCGUCUGAACAGGAGCAGCUGAGAGCCCGUCAGAUCACCGCUCAGCAGAUCAACAAGCUCGAGGAGCUCUGGAAGGAAAACCCAACAGCAACUCUGGAGGAUUUGGAGAAACCUGGAGUAGAUGAGGAACCUCAGCAUGUUCUACUUCGCUAUGAAGAUGCCUACCAGUACCAGAACAUUUUUGGCCCACUCGUGAAACUAGAGGCUGACUAUGACAAGAAACUCAAAGAGUCCCAAACUCAAGACAAUAUAACAGUAAGGUGGGACUUGGGACUGAAUAAAAAGCGGAUAGCUUAUUUCACUCUGCCCAAGACGGAUUCAGGUGACAUGCGACUGAUGCAGGGAGAUGAGAUCUGUUUGCGCUAUAAAGGAGACAUGGCUCCACUCUGGAAAGGCAUUGGACACGUCAUCAAAGUACCAGACAAUUAUGGAGACGAGAUCGCCAUCGAGCUGCGCAGCAGUGCGGGAGCGCCUGUGGAGGUGCCACAUAACUUCCAGGUGGAUUUUGUCUGGAAAUCGACAUCUUUUGACCGUAUGCAGAGCGCUCUGAAGACGUUUGCUGUGGACGAGACCUCCGUGUCUGGUUACAUCUAUCAUAAGCUGUUAGGUCAUGAAGUGGAGGAUGUUAUCAUUAAAUGCCAGCUGCCCAAACGCUUCACUGCGCAGGGUCUGCCAGAUCUCAACCACUCACAGGUUUAUGCUGUGAAGACAGUACUCCAGAGACCUCUUAGUCUCAUCCAAGGGCCUCCAGGAACUGGCAAGACUGUCACCUCUGCCACCAUCGUCUACCAUCUGGCCAGACAGGGCAAUGGUCCAGUGCUGGUUUGUGCUCCGAGUAACAUCGCUGUGGACCAGCUCACAGAGAAGAUCCAUCAGACGGGACUGAAGGUGGUUCGUCUGUGCGCUAAGAGUCGUGAGGCCAUCGACUCGCCAGUGUCGUUCUUGGCCCUGCACAAUCAGAUCCGCAACAUGGACAGCAUGCCAGAGUUGCAGAAACUGCAGCAGCUGAAAGACGAGACCGGCGAGCUGUCAUCUUCUGACGAGAAACGCUACCGAGCUCUCAAACGAACAGCUGAGAGAGAGCUGCUCAUGAACGCGGACGUGAUCUGCUGCACGUGUGUGGGUGCGGGCGACCCUCGGCUGGCUAAGAUGCAGUUCCGCUCCAUUCUCAUCGAUGAGAGCACGCAGGCCACGGAGCCUGAGUGCAUGGUGCCAGUGGUGCUUGGGGCCAAACAGUUGAUUCUGGUUGGUGAUCACUGUCAGCUGGGUCCGGUGGUGAUGUGUAAGAAAGCAGCUAAAGCAGGUCUGUCUCAGUCUCUGUUUGAGCGUCUGGUGGUUCUGGGCAUUAGACCGAUCCGUCUGCAGGUGCAGUACCGCAUGCACCCCGCGCUCAGCGCUUUCCCUUCAAACAUCUUCUACGAGGGAUCUCUGCAGAACGGAGUCACCGCAGCUGAUCGCAUCAAGAAAGGUUUUGACUUCCAGUGGCCUCAGCCAGAUAAGCCCAUGUUCUUCUACGUGACUCAAGGCCAGGAGGAGAUUGCAAGUUCUGGCACCUCCUAUCUCAACAGGACUGAAGCUGCUAAUGUGGAGAAGAUCACCACGCGUCUGCUGAAGGCCGGAGCCAAACCUGAUCAGAUUGGCAUCAUCACACCGUACGAGGGCCAGCGCUCUUACCUGGUGCAGUACAUGCAGUUCAGCGGCUCACUGCACACCAAACUCUACCAGGAAGUGGAGAUCGCCAGCGUGGAUGCCUUCCAGGGCAGAGAGAAAGACUUCAUCAUUCUGUCUUGCGUCAGAGCUAACGAACACCAGGGAAUCGGCUUCCUUAAUGACCCACGCCGUCUCAAUGUGGCGCUUACCAGAGCCAGGUAUGGUGUGAUCAUUGUGGGCAAUCCUAAAGCGCUGUCUAAACAACCGUUGUGGAACCACCUGCUCAACUACUAUAAAGAGCAGAAAGUUCUGGUGGAGGGACCACUGAAUAACCUGAGAGAGAGUCUCAUGCAGUUCAGCAAACCACGCAAGCUCGUCAACACCAUCAAUCCUGGAGCUCGUUUCAUGAGCACUGCCAUGUAUGAUGCGAGAGAGGCCAUGAUUCCUGGAUCCGUGUAUGAUCGCAGCAGCACCGGACGUCCAUCUAAUAUGUACUUCCAGACUCAUGAUCAGGUUGGAAUGAUCGGGACGGGGCCGAACCCCAUGGGCUCCAUGAACAUACCGAUCCCAUUCAACCUGGUCAUGCCGCCCAUGCCUCCACCCAGUUACCUGGGCCAGGUGAACGGACCGGCCACUGGUCGUGGUGCUCCUAAAGGCAAGACCGGAGGUCGUGGAGGUCGUCAGAGGAACCGUGGCACCGGUAACCAUGGCAGCGGGCAGGCCAACAUGUCGAGCAGUCAGGCCAGUCAGGAUCUGGUAUCUCAGCCCUUCUCUCAGGGUCCUCUGACCCAGGGCUACAUCACCAUGAGCCAGCCAUCACAGAUGAGCCAGCCUGGACUCUCUCAACCUGAGCUGUCACAGGACAGUUACCUGGGGGACGAGUUCAAAUCGCAGAUGGAUGUGGCGCUCUCGCAGGAUUCCACCUAUCAGGGUGAACGGGCAUACCAACACGGAGGAGUGACUGGACUCUCACAGUACUAGAGUGUUGUUGGAACAGGAGCUAGGCCUGUGCUGAGCUUAGUUCAUCAGCAUUUUAAAUAUGGGUAAAUAUAAAAAAAGAACAAACAUGGAUGCCCGUUUACCACUGUUACAACUGAAGCACCAUGGUGUGAGAGCAACAGGAGAGAAUCAAACCAAUCACAAGAGGGAGUGAAGCUGGACAGGACGAAAGAGAACGUGUAAGAAUGGAGGGACAAUCCACCAUUCGUUGACGACGGGGAGAGGAGAGACGCAGUGUUCAGGAGGAGACCACGAGAUCUUCCAUCUGCAACUCCGCAACGUGGAGGGCGGCGGCUCCCGGAGCGCAGGGGGGGCCCUUCCCAGCGUCCUCUCUCUCGCCUGGCUGCAGACGCCAGCCUCGGGCCUUGCCCUGCCAACCAGAGAUGGAGCAAAAAGAUGAAGUUCUCUUAAAACUACCUGCAAAAACCACGCUUGCUCUGUCGUCUCCACGAGCUGAGAGAGAGGGUGACGUAUUUACAGUAAUUAUUAAUGCUUUUCAAGCAGCUGAUUUUUGGGAAAAGAAAAAUUUCCCCUCAAAGUUGACAUCUAACGUUCAGGUUCUGCCACCGAACAUCUUUGCGAGAACAUCUUUUGCAUUUCGUAUUCGCCAGAGGUCUCAUCUUGAACCGAGGUGCUAGGAUGCUCUGAAGAUGGAUUCAACUUUGAGGAAAGUUUUGGGCCUGAAGUCUGGGAGGGUAGAGAUUCCCGAAUGGAGAGACCGUCGCAUCCGAGUCGCUCUCCGUGAAGAGGCUCUCCUCUAAAUGAUUUAAAAAGGAUAAAGGGGUAGUUUAAACAAAUGGCUUUGGGGCUUUUUUUUUUCUUUUAAAUGUUUGCCUCUUGAGAGCUGACGCAGAAGGGGUCGAGAGAUCUGUCCUUUCUUAUUUUUCGCCUUUCUUUCUAAAUGGUUUUUGUUCAAGUAGGAUAAAAGCUAUGAUGUAGAAUUGCUUGAUUAGAUGUGGCUUCUUAAUAAUCUCACAGAAAAAAAAUCACAAUAAAAAAACUCCCUAAAUGAGACCACAAAGACUCAGAUUGUGCAUUGGUUGGUCAAAACAAGUCAAUAUCAGGUUUAAAAGUGACACAACACCAACAUAUACACAGUAAGCCUCUCCCACUGCUAUUCUGUCCAAUCAGGAUGACCAGUGACAUCAUAUUAUAAUUAUACGCAUGCAAAAGCCUGAAUCACAUUAGUUAAAGGUGUGAAAAAUGAUGAAUUGCACCUUACAGAAAGCAGUAAGAGAUCGCCUAAAUGAAGGACCUGCAGGUGAGAUUCUUGCUGUUUUUGUGUCUGACUGUAGGAGGCGCUGUUGCGUACUCUUGCGUUAUGAUGAUGUCGGUGAGAGUGGGUGGUAACAAACCGCCCUAGAGGAGUGUGUGUGUGUGUUUGUUUUUUAAAAAUCCCUCCCUCAUUAUUGUUUGUGCUAGAAUAUAUUUAUGCUUUGUUUUCUCUCAUAUUUUAGUCGUAUUAUCCAACAUUCAUGUAACCUCUCUCUCGGUGUGGAAAUUGCUCCUAAUUUAGAAUUUUUGGUUUUGGUUUUGAAGGACCCACUAAGAGUUUUAUGGUCGCUUUUAACAUCUGUUUUGACCGAUGCCAGUCGCCUCAACUUUCUACUUUUACAUUGGAGUGUUUAUAAUUGCUGUUACUCUACUGUUACCGACUGUUUGAUAUUUACUGAAGUACCGCCACUCUCGUUUUAUAGCACUAAGCAAAGAUUUGUUUUAAAUCCACGCAAUUUUUUUGCUUUCUAUUUUUCUUCGCCCACAAGACAAUCAUGAUCCGUUCGUAACCGAUGCGAAGAUUGCAAAAAAACAUUGAGGAUGUACGCGUUCUUUUCGGUGAUGGCUAUUCAUGGUUUUUUCACGUUUAACCUCUUAUUUAGAGUAACUCAUAGUGAACUCAAUCUUAAACUGCUUUAUAGAGUGAUUCAUAGUUCUUAAUGAGUUUAGUUUUCACUUUACAUCAACUGUAAAUAUCAGUUAAUAUCGUAACACCAGCCAAAUUGUUUCCCAUUUUAAUAACAAUAAAACGAGGUCUGACGUGAUACAUUCAAAACAUUGCCAAGGUGAUCCGUAGUGAUGUAUUCUGGUUAUUAUCAAGAGUCUGUAGAAAUGCUGCCUCAAGGAAAUAAUGAGUUCAUCCUUAUUUGUGAGGUCCUGAGGUCCUGAAAGUUGCAUUUGAAUAUUAAACUUGACUUUAUAAAUGUUAGGUUGACACAACAUACUGGUUGUACUAUAGAUUGAUAUACUACAACUUGCAAUGAAGAGGAACACUGGGAAAAUAAAGCCUGAUAAGACAUCAGGAUAUGAAGUAUGACCCCGGAUUAUUUUGUUUUGUGGAAAGAACGAUCACCCCCACAGUAUGUACUUGUAAUGUUACAAAUAAAUGUUGAUUUCUUUCAUCCAAAA